CCAUCGAUGGCGACACCAAAUCAAGAAGCAAUCGAGACAUUUAUGAGCAUCACCGGUUCAUCUGAAUCGGUUGCUAUACAGAAACUCACGAUGAGACCCACAAGUGGCAUGCGAUUACGGAACAAGUGAUUUGCGAAGAGGAUAAUUGUGGAUGAGAUCCAUGGCCAAAUCACAUGUGAUUACUGAACACGGUCAACACAAGGGAGCAUGGGGGUGAUCUCAAUGAAGCUGUCAACUCACAUUUCACCGAAGGAGAUAGAAACAUCAGACGUGAAACAUCCAUUGCUGCUCCACAUGAGGAUUUCAUGGACAUAGAUGACCCAAGUCAAAUUGCAUCUCACAGACCUCCUUUCUCACUCUUGCCUUCUGCCAGAGAGAUGAACCCAUUCUCUAUUCUUGAUCCAAACUUCACCAGAAGUAUAUUUGAUAGUGGGCCAGGGUUCAGGAGUGCUGAACCAUUUGUCUCCCAUCCCAGAGAAGUGAGGCAGAUACCCAUUGAGGUCAAGGAUGGGCCCAGUACAGAACCAGGUCAUUCCGGACAUGCUCCUAGAAUUGAGGAUGUCACAGAGACCGCGAUAGAAGGUGUUCCAGAAACUCGUGGGCAUGUGAUUAUUGACGAAGAUGAUGAUGAUGAUUUUCUAACUUCUCGUCAAGCACGGUGGAGUGAACGUGAAGGUGUACAUGACACUCAAUUGAGAGCAAGUGCUCCACUAAUUGGUGAACCCGAUUAUGGCAUUGAAGAAGAGAUGAUUCGAGCUGCAAUUGAAGCUUCCAAACAGGAUUCUGAGAUUGGUCAACGAGAUGAUGCUGUACCUCAUCCGAUGCAAUCUCAGUUAGAGGAUCCUGAACUGGCACAAGCAGUCUCUUUAUCUUUGAAGACUGCUGAGCAAGAGAAAGCCUUACGCGAACUAGGAUCUGAAGUCGGACCAUCUGAACCUAGAAUUUCUAAGCUGGUCGAGGUGGAAGAGGUGGAGACAUUGGCAUCAUCAAAUGGAAGGUUGGAUGUGGGGAGCUCAUCGAUUCAGGAUGAAGCUGAAGAUGCAGAAGAACAACCUCUGGUUAGAAACAGGAGUCAACUUAUGUCUUCUAGCUCCAUUGGCUCUGCCAGAGACAUUGAAGAAACAGACUUGAGUUCACCCUCGAGUCCUCAACACCAACCAAAUAUCAAUCAUCCUGGGAACAACAGGAGUGAUUUCCCAUCUGAUGAAUGGGGAGGUAUCUCAUCGGAGGAACAUGAUGAAGCGGUCAUGCUUGAGGCUGCACUCUUUGGUGGAAUUCCUGAAGGGACUGGAUAUCGUGUACCAUAUGCACCACAUCAGUACAUGCAGAAUGGCUUGGAUGGAACCAUGGGGCCUUAUCCCCGGCCAAUACCUCGUCCUCCAUCACCCUCUCUCACUGCUCAGCGUUUAAUAAGAGAACAACAGGAUGAUGAAUAUCUUGCAUCAUUGCAAGCAGACAGAGAAAAGGAGUUACUAGAGCAGUCGGCCAGAGAAGCUGCUAUGGAAGAAGAAAGGCGAAAGGAGGAAGAGGCACUCAGAAAAUUAGAAGAAGAACAGGAAAUGGAGAGGCAGUUAGCAGCAAAAGAAGCUUCUCUUCCUCAGGAACCUACGUCUGAAGAUGAAAAUGCUGUGACCCUUCUUGUGCGGAUGCCUGACGGAAGCCGUCGUGGUCGCAGAUUUCUCAGGACUGACAAGUUACAGUAUCUUUUCAACUUCAUCGAUGUUGCCCGAGUGGUUAAGCCUGGCAUGUACAGAUUGGUGAGACCCUACCCUCGCCGUGCAUUCAGUGAUGGAGAAAGUAACUUAACGUUGAAUGAACUUGGGUUGACUAGCAAACAGGAGGCGUUAUUUCUCGAGUCAAUUUAGGUUAUGCUCCUAGUAUCGUACCAAAAUAGUUAAUUGCUCGGAAAACAUAGGUCCAUCUCAUUAAAAUACAUAUACCGAAUCUGUGUUUUUCAUUGGGGUCUAUUUCGACGUGUCGUUGUUGCAGAGGGUUACUUAGAUGGUUUGCACAUGUUACAUGGUGGUCGGAGGAGUUUUCACGUAUGUUUUGGUAUGUUGUUAACUUUUACAUUUACGGAGUUGAUAUUGGAUGGCUUUUGCUUUAGCAUCUUUCAAGAUUAACGCAUGAGUAUUUGUGUGAGGAUAUGUGGAACCUUUUUCAGUUCUU